AUUAGGGCUCUGUGGAUUACAGUAAUCCAGCACCUUUAAUAUCAGUGCGGUGGUCCACCACUUGAAAAAUAAACAUCAUGGAGUACAGACUGCAGAACACAUUUCUUUUAGCCGUCCUGCUGCUGUCUGAAGGUUUUAUUGGGUUGCAAGCGCAAGAGGAUGGUGAGGGCAAUGACACAUGGGCUGGGAAAACCUGCAAGUGUGACUGUGAUUCCUCUAGCAAGUUGCUUUCCAAAGGUUCUUCAUCAAGUAGGGGACAUGAGAUCGACUGCAUGCCAGAGUGUCCCUACCAUAAGCCCCUGGGUUUUGAGGAAGGAUCUGUGACCUCAGAUCAGAUCAGCUGCUCUAAUGAAGACCAGUACACAGGCUGGUUCUCCUCCUGGAUUCCAAGCAAAGCAAGGCUCAACAACCAAGGAUUUGGGUGUGCCUGGCUGUCUAAAUUCCAGGAUACCAACCAGUGGCUUCAGAUUGACCUGAAGGAGGUCAAAGUGGUUUCUGGUAUCCUGACCCAGGGCCGCUGUGACUCUGAUGAGUGGGUUACCAAGUACACUGUGCAGUACCGCACCAAUGAGAAACUCAACUGGAUCUACUACAAGGACCAAACUGGAAACAACAGGAUGUUCUAUGGAAACUCUGACCGCUCUUCCACAGUCCAGAACCUUCUGCGUCCACCUAUCGUAGCACGUUACAUCCGUAUCCUCCCUCUCGGCUGGCACACUCGCAUCGCCAUCCGCAUGGAGCUGCUUCUUUGCAUGAACAAAUGCACCUGAUCUGGAACAUGUCAGCAAAGCCAUACUCAACUAUUUCCUGUUCCAUCCCAUUUCUUGUAUCACAACAUGCCGAAGUGAAUAUCACUGCCCAAUCACUGCACUCGAUUAAUUUAGUCUUAUUUUCUGGUAUAUUCAAGGAAGAAAUGAUCAUUACAAUGUGUUUUAGUAACAUUUGUGUUUAAUAUGUUUUCCUUUUCUUUUUGCAUAUAAAGUCAUGUAUAUUUCAUUUAUUUUAUUAACCAAAAAUGUGUUG